AGAGAAUCACAACGAUGAAUCUGGAUUCCACAACGUCUAGAUGCAGUACGAACGCGAGUAGUAGUACUAUAUUAUUAUUAAAUCUCGUUAUUUUGCAAUCAAUCAUUAUUUUGCAAUCAAUAUUAAAAUUCAAAAUGUAUUAAUUUCAGAUCACUCAGUUCCUCCGGCGGCGCACCACCACGAAGCUCUGGAUGUCGCCUGGGUACUUCUGUGAAAUGACUGAAUAUUUGUGGCCCAGUAUCUAUUUAUUUUUAUUGUCGUUAGACUGCUCGUUUUUAUUAGUUCCGUAUUCGUCCCUCUCGAUACAUUUAUUGCUUACAUUGUUUAGAUCUUGAACUUGUUUGCCCCAGAUGCGGUUAACUGACAAAAUGUAACCCAAUACAUUUAACUGAUUGACUGGCAAUGGCAAAUAUUUGUCCAAUUAUGAAAGCUCUAAACAUUCAAUCAGUAAAUUCAGAUUCGAUCCCAAGAAACAAGUUUUCCCAAAAGUGACGAGAGGUAACUUACGAGUAGUCGUAUUCAAAACUCAUAUAUUCUGCCAGUAUGGUUAACCUGGUUACAAUUUUGCUCAAAUUAUCCAAUUGUUCAAACAUUUUAUCUUAGGGCGUACUUUGGCAAAUGUCAAAUAUUUGGGUAUUUUGCUCCGUAUUGAUACACAUCACAUUCCAUUAACUUCUGCUUUUCCAUGUGGACAAUGUACAUUGUACAAGUAUGUACAGUACCCGCGAUAAGAGGAACAAACCGAAGCAGGAACUCAACGGAUCCCUAUAAAUAAUCCGAGUCGGCCUCCCACCAAUCACAAAACUCGGUCAACUCUCGACAGCUCCAGACAUUCACCGCCAGCUCGAAACUAAGGCCAAAAUGAAGUUCCUUUUCGUAGUCGUUCUCAUUGCUCUGGCCAUCCAGUUGACAGUAGCACAGAGCUCAACUACCACAACGGAAGCCGCAACGACCACAACGACAGCUGCGUCCACAGAUACGACCACGACGACAGCGGCAUCAGUGACCAGUGCUACGACCAAGAAAACAAAUAAGCUUUGCUGGAGGGGAAACAACUGGUGCAACACCCGCCAGCAGGUCAAGUGCAAGAACCCCAAGAAUUGCAUCAAGACCAUCGUGGUGGUGCGUCGCCAUAGGGGCUGAGUCUGAGUGCAGAUCGGAUUCGAAAAGAUCAAUAAAUAACACAUUAAUUGAAA